CUUCUGCGCUCCGCGUCUCCCCGCGCCGCCUAACUCUCCUACCCGAGGUACGUGAGAUCUACAGCUGCAGCAGCAGCAGCCGCAGCAGCAGCAGCAGUAGCAGAUCCCUGCUGCAGCAGCAGGAGCAGCUGAGGGGCCCCCCUGCAGCACCGGCAGCACGGGCAAAACGGAGCUGGGCCUUCUGUGCUUCGGAGGCUUUAAGUUGCAGCAGCAGCAGCAGCAGAAGUAGCAGUAGCAGCAGCAGCAGUGGCAGCACUAGCAGGAGCAGCAGGAGCAGCAAGAACACGACACGAGCAGCAGCAGCGGCAGCAGCAAGAAUAGCGACACGAGCAGCAGCAGCAGAGUCGGAGGCUGCUCGUCGUGUUGUCCCCUCCCGCCUUGCUGCUGUGUGCACAGCCACGCAGCAGCAGCAGCAGCAGUGCAGCAGCAGCAGCAGCAGCAGCAGCCGGCUAAUGGCUCGGCAGCCGCUGCAGUCGCCUUUCGUCCCCUCUCUCCCGGCGGCGACGUGUGGGGCCCUAGAGGAGGAGAAGACAGUUGCUGCAGCAGCAGAAGCAGCAGCAGCAGCAGCAGCAGCGGCCGACCCAGCCACAGCACCUGCUGCUGCACCAGGGGGGGGCGCGGGGACCCCUACGGCAGCAGGGCCAGCAACACCAGCAGCAGCAGCAGCAGCAGCAGCAGCAGCAGCUCUGUCUCCUAUUGAGUGUCCGCUGGCUGCAGACUCGUCAGGGCCACACUCUGAGGGGGGCUUUCCCCCUGCUGCAGCGGCAACAGCGCCAGCAGCAGCAGCAGCAGCAGCAGCAGCAGCAGCAGCAGCAGCAGCAAACACGUCGGACCUGCUGCUGUCGUACGGCGGCGGGCUGGUGGGGGACCCGCUGGACUUGGUGAACGCGCAGCAGCAGCCAGCAGCAGCAGCAGCAGCAGCAGGGGUUCCUAAAGGGGCGCCGUGUCUGUCCCUGGCUUCGCUGUGCAGCAGCAGCAGCAGCGGGCCGCUGGAGCUGAAGCAGGAGCCGGGCAGCAGCAGCAGCAGCAGCGCAGCAGCAGCAGCAGCAGCAGCAGCAAGGGGACAAACCCCUGCAACAAAGAAAAGGUGGAAAAGUGGACACCAAAAAAGAGUAGAAAGAAGACUAAGAGAAGAACUGGCAAGGAGGCAGCGGCUGCUGGCAGCAGCAGACACAGAAGACAGCAGCAGCAGGCAGCAGCAGCAGCAGCAGCAGCGGUGUCUGCAGGGCUACGGCUCCUUCGCUGGCCUCGGCUGCAGCGCCUCCCCGGGAUCGUCUCCUCCCCGAGCAGCAGCAGCAGCAGCAGGGUGCGGGCCGCAGCAACAGCAGCAGCAAAACGCGCAGGGCGAAGACGCAGCAGCUGCUGCUGCUGCGCUGCUAGCUGCGCUGCCCCUCGGAGGUUCCGUGCUAACUGGAGGAGCAGCAGCAGCAGCACCAGCAGCAGCAGCAGCAGCAACGCCACCUUCGCGCUGCAAAAGGGGACAAAAGAGAGACGCGCAGCACGCGAGUGGCGCAGCAGCAGACGGGCAGCAGCAGCUGGCCAAGGGCCAAGCAGCAGCAGCAGCAGCAGCAGCAGCGUCGGCCGCGGCUGGGGUCCCCUACUCCCCCCAAGUAGCAGCAGCAGCAGCAGCAGCUUACAACCCGCUUGACCUUUCCUGCGGCAAUCCCCAGGUGCUGCAACUGCUGCAGUCUCUUGCUGCUACUCGUGCUGCAGCAACAGGAGACAAGAGCAGCUUGGUGCUGCCCCCCAAGCUCGAGGAGGCAGCAGCAGCAGCAGCAGCUGCUGCAGCAGCAGAAGCAGGAGACGCAGCUGCGGCAGCGCUCGCCCAGGGAGCAGAAGCAGCAGCAGCAGCAGUUCGAGCCCAGGACGGAGCUGCAGCAGCAGCUGCAGCAGCAGCAGCAGCAGACGCAAUUCAGAGUGCUGCGGCGGCCUUGCGCUGCAGCAGCGGGGAGGCCGCCCUAGCAAGUUCAGCAGCAACAGCAGCAGCAGCAGCUGCUGCUGCAGCAGCGCCUGUGUCCCUUGCGUCUCUCUGCGUGGGAGCAACAGCAGCAGCAGCAGCAGCAGACGGCAGCUGCACCCCACCGCCGCGGGGCAAGAGGCAGCGCAACAGCAGCAACGCGCAAGAGCAGCAGCACCAGCAGCAGCUUGACGGGCAGCAGCUGUUUGGGGGUGUGGACGCAGAGGCAGCAGAGGCAGCUCUGCAAGCAGCAGCAACAGCAGCAACAGCAGCAGAAGCAGCAGCAACAGCUGCUGAGUCAGCGGCAGCGGCAGCGCUCCAAGCAGCAAGUGCAGCAGCAGCUGCAGCACAGACCGCUGCGUCCGUAGCCUUCUGCCUUGCUGCAGCAGCAGAACAAGGACCUGCAGCAGCAGCAGCAGCAGCAGCAGCACUGCCCCCACCUUCUCCCAAGAAGCAGCGCCCUGCUGCACUGACUUGCGGUGGGGAGCCGCCCGCCGUCGCUGAGUGCUAG